AUGGCUGCUGCUAGGAGGAAGCUUACAGUAGUUGGAGAUGACUGCUCUGGUAAGACGUGCCUCCUCUUCGCUCUGCGUCACAAUCAGCUCCCCGCAUUCUACGAGCCAACCCUGUUUGACACAUAUGCCACUGACGUAGAGGAAGAUGGGAAGGAGAUGAAGCUGUUUCUGUUUGACAUGUCAGGAAAAGAUGAAGCCAGCUACCGAAAUCUCCGCUCGGUGUUCUAUGAGGACACCAACAUUAUUUUAAUAUGUUUCUCAGUGGACAGGCCUGACUCACAGCAAAACGUCCUUGACUUUUGGGUUCCAGAAAUCAAACUGUUCUGCCCCACGGUUCCUAUUAUUUUGGUGGCUACCAAGAUUGAACUGAGGGAUGAUGAAGCUAUCAGGAAGAAAUUAGCUGCUCAGGGCUAUGAGCCAAUUAACACUGUAGAAGGAAAAGCUUUAGCAGCCAGGAUUGGGGCAUACGCUUACCUGGAGUGUUCUGCCAGGACAAAAGAAGGUGUUGAUACCGCCCUGCAGAUAAUUAGCCAAUGUGCAUUAAAUGAGAAAAAGAGGAGAAAGAAGCGCCAAAGGUCCUGCCAAAUUUUGUAAGAGGCACAAAUAUUAUUUUGUUUUUAGUUUUCAUUAUGUGGAAGAGUGAGGUGAUGUCUUUGAUGCUGCUGUGUGGGCGCUGUAAGGGCUUUUGUGGUACAAGAUGGAAAAAACAUUUAUGUGGAUGGAAAGUCUGCCAAGUCUCUCACUUGAAAAGUUGGAUUUGUUUCCUUCUCCAAAGCAGGCUGAAGAACACAAUUCCAGGUUCGAGCUGAGCACAAGUCUUGAGAAAUGGAAAUGAACAAGCUACAGUUCUUCACAGAGCUGUCUUGGUCAAGGGACAUAAUAUGCAGACUGG